AUGCAGUGCUUCCAGCCAACAACGGGCUGCCCCCAGCGGGGGGUUCGCCCCUCAAGCCUGGUGAAAGAAAGAGAGAGGACGGGGGGUCUGCCCCCGCCUCAAACCCCGAGCAAAGCAGAGAGAGAGAGAGAGAGACGGGCGGUGUCGCUGGAACAAGCUACGCAAAACCUAGCGGCGGUCAGAGGCUUCUUGCAGGGAAACGCCUACCAUCUCUGCGGGGUGGCACUCACGGAAGUCCUGCUCUGGCACCAUGGUGGGGCGGUGCGGGCCCCAGACAGUCAGGAGCAGGGGCACGGGGGGCCUGCGGAAUGGCCAACCGCAGGGGCGGCAGCCCCUACGCAGGUGGACCUACAAGAAGAAGACCCGGGAGACGCGGAGCGGGAAGCAAUGCUAGACCUGGAGUUGCAGCGGCAACACGAACGGAGCAAGGCGGCCCAAGAAGAGGACCACGACCUUAGUGACGAGGAGGCGACUGUGAUCCUCGCACAGCAAUGGGACAUGGGCCUUUCGCCUGACUUCGGGGCGCAGACCUGCCAAGAGAUGCAAGAGAUGCACGACCUCCAGCAUGGCGGGGCGGCCACGCAAGCCGAAGCAGAACGCGAAGCAGCAGAAGCGGAAGCCAUGGCGGAGUACGAGAGGGACACGGGGCGUAGACGAGUCACUUCGAGCCCUACUGACCGACCAACACCCGCAAGUUCACCUGAGCCAGACAGCAGUGACUGA